CCUUGUCCUCCAAAACGAUCACUUUGCCGUGUUGUCAUCUAGUUCAACUGAAAGCCAGCUUUUUAUCUUCUCAUACAUUUCUCCACUUAAUUCAUUGUACAGGAAGCAUUGCAAUAAGCGUGGACUACAAGCCAUCAUAUUAUAUACCAAUUGGAAGUAGAGAGAAAAUGGCAAUGCCAGAAACACUCGCCAAUAGUCAGAACAGCUUAGUCUCAGAGAAAGACUAUGCAGGUGCAUCCGACGAGGAGGAAUACGAAAGCAUGGACACACCUAUUGCUUUCACAGCCCCUGUGCCCAUUAAGCAACAUUCAGCUCAAAUGCAGGCCCAGGCACAAGUACAGGCACAAGUACAGGCACAAGCACAGGCACAGGCACAAGCACAGGCACAAGCACAGGCACAAGCACAGGUACAAGCACAGGCGAAAGUGCAGAACCAAUCCAAGAGCAUGUCCUUGAUCGCCCCAAAAACUUCCUCCCAUCUAAUUCAACCUCCCAGUGAUGAUUUAAAUGUUCAACAGCCCUCGGAACAUCAUGCCACCUCACUGCAGCCUGGAUCAAUGCUGAAAAGUAGGACCAAACAGGACCAAACCUCUUUAUCUAUACCUCUGAACACAUCUCUGUUUGCUCAGGAAGGAGUUGCCUCUCGCGCCCAACCCCGGUCACUGCGACCAUCAUAUGGGAGGGCAUCAGUCCUUGAUAAGGGUAUGGAAGCAUCAGAUCAGCAUGAACAACCUAACGAGCAUUCAAUGCAGCCCUCAGACUCUUCAGGAAUCCUUUCACACUCUGAUCACCAAAAGAGCUCACCUCCUGGCAGCGGAACAAGAUUUAUGGGGCAGCAUUCGUCUAAUUCAUACCCUGGGCCGGCUUUUCCCGCUGACCGUGGACAAGGCCAAACCCCUAUUAAUUCAAAAGACGCUGGUCGUGGCUGGGGCUCUUUUAGUUCAUGGAUCAAUACUGCAGUUAGCACCGUCAGCGAGGUCAUCGAGAAUCCAAACGUGGUCGUAUCAAAAGCGCAUACAAUUGGACAGGGGAUCCGUAAUGUUGCAACAGAGCAUAUUGAUCGGGUUUACGAAUCCCUCGACCCCGAAUACGAAUAUGAGCGUGAGCGGCGAAAUGGACAACUACAGGCACAGCAAGGGCUGCAAAACCAAGCACUGUUAAACCCGCCUUUGGGCGACUCACGGCAACACCCUCCAUUACUAUUUCGCCAAACAUCAUCGCAUAAACAACAAACUCCCCAGGAGUCAGACACAAGCGAUAUUUCUGAUCUGCUGGGAGCUUCGCCACUUCAAGAUGAAGCACCAUCCAUGACGCCCGCCCACAACACCUCAAAGCAGAUGCAAGCCCAGAAUAUACCAUCUCAUUCCUCAGCAGCACUAAGAAGCAAGCUCGCCUACCAAGAAGAUGAAGGUGUUUUGAAGGAAGAUGCUUGGAAUGAUGAUGCUUGGGGAGACGACUGGGAUGACCAUGCUCUUAAGGAGGAAGAGAAGGUAGUAGCUGUAUCAUCGCCAUCACCAAACCAAUCUUAUAUGUCUAAUCGAGAACAUGACUUGCCAAAGGCUUCAUUGCUAGUGCAAGAGCCGACCCUCGGCUAUUCUGAGGAUCACUCAAAAAACGUAAGGGAUCUAUUCACUUCAGACCCAAAGCCUACUUUGAAAGAGCUUAAACAAGGCUCUAGUACCAACGAUGCACUUGCUGUUCCAUCCCUCUUUGAUGGAGACAAUCGAGCAGAACAAUCCCCUCCGAGAAGGCCGUCUGCCGAUCUGCGGCCUACAGAUACACUGUUCUCAACAUUUGAUUUCGCAUCUAAUGCUCUUGGAAGUGCUGUUCUUGGAGUGCAUCGUAAGGUUACUCAGGCAAGUCAGGCUCAACCAUCUAAAAGCACGUUGGCUGUUGAUCGCCAGCAAACAAGGUCUACAUCCCCAGUCUGGGGAGGCGGUAGUUAUCAGCAGCAACCUUCGACAGAGACGUUUAAUUCAAAGCAAUCGCCAGGAAAAUUAGACCGAUCGGCUUUGACAAAUCCGUCUUUGGAAGUUGUGGGUGGUAAUGUUGUCAGCACAGGAUUGGGUGCUCUGGAAAUUUUGGGCAAGAAAGCCGUUGAUGUUAUUUCGGAUGUGAGGCGUGCCGGCCAAAACUCACAUCCCCAAGGAGGGUUUCAUAGCUCGUCUGAGCAAUCCGAUGGUAAUGGUCCGUUUAAGAUCCCGUCUAAAAUGAAUAUGGUAACACUUUUCCAAGAGGGCGGAGGCCAGGCGCGAUUGCAAUCUUUGCGAAUGGUGGCUUCAUCUUCUCUAUCUCGCGUCGCAGACCUGACGUCUAGCAGAUCGGAUUUACUCGAAAUGGGACAGCUGAAUGACCUUGAACAGCUCUUGGGUCCUGAGAGUCUGGAAACUGUUGUAGGUGAAAUAUCGGCUGAUUUGAUGGCCGGACACAAGGACUUCCGAGUCAUGGUGACGCUGCUCGAUAGCAUGGGGACUCAAGGUACUUCUCAUCUUCGACAACUUCGAAACUGUACUCGCAAACUAAGCACCCUUGUUCCAGAUAGCGUAAAUGGGUUUGAACUAGAAUGGCACAAUCAUCAGUCAAGAGCAAGUGAGCGCGAUUUUUUCGCCAGGGCACCCAUCAAAAAGUUCUUCGAGUCCAGACUUAUAUCUUUAUACUCAGAUGCGCUUCGAACGCUUUGUCAAUUCACAGAUCGAACUUGUGAACAAGCAUUAAAGCUUGCAGAAAACUUUAGUAUCCGUCUUGCUGAAAAAUCUGGAGGCUCUACUGAUAUGACUGUUAGCAGUGGUGUUGGCUAUGAUAGCCAGGCAAAGCCAUCACCAUUGGCUCUAGCUCAAACGCUACGACAGUUUCUUGGAAGCUUAAUAUCAGAAAUAAAAUUCAUUGCAAAGAUCUAUAUCCUGACGUUGGAUGCAGUCUUACGGACAGCACAGGGGUUCACUACUCCAUUGGAUCGGCUAGAUUGGGAGGAUCUCUCGAUGGGGAUUGAAAAUAUCAAAUUCGUGUUGGUAGGCACGGAACUUCAGGAAGCAGUAGGGUAUAUUUACACAGCAGUAUCGUUAAUUGUCGAUAUCCUGAAGAACGAGCUUCUUGUAGAUGCAGUUCAAGGCAGACUCGUACCUAAACCACGAAUCGCUCGGCUUAAUCCAUCGUCAUCAAAACAACAACGGAUUCAAGCUGCUGGAUCUAUACAAAUGGGAGCAAAACUGCCCCCCUCUUCUGCGAGCUCUGUGUCUACCAUGUCGCCUACACGCUCUCCAUCUCUUGAACAUUGUUCAGAACACAGUAGCCCGUCGUUAGCGCCAAAAUCUUCAUUGCCAUCACUUUCAUCUUCGAAAUCUCCUCCAGGGGCUCAGCCAAGAGUAGCAAAAAGCUUAGUGCACACAAUGACUCCUGCUGUAAAUCUUGGCUCAUCUACAGCAGUAGCGACUGUAGCACCAGUAUCUAACGACAACACAUCCACAUUAUCUCCAGCAGGUGGUCGUCGCCCCUCAUCAGUAUCAUCACAGAGCUCCUUAAGAUCCGUUCGUGCCCCUCCUCCUCCUCCAACAAAACCAAAGUUGGAGGACGAAGACUUCUUUAGCAUCUUGAAUGGUCCCUAAGAGAAUCAAAUCUUUUUGGGAUUAAAUCCUUUUUUUAGCUUUCUUGCUUCCAUUUGCUCUAUUGUCGCAUAAUAAAGAUACAAAUUAU